CUACCCAUUUUUCUACAGCUACUCUGCAAGCAAAAACUUUCUGAAUUUUAUGGUUUCAUGUAACAUACAUGAUACAGUGAUCAGGACUUAAUUUUUACAUGAAGAGCAAAGUUUUGGGAUAGUGUGGUUGCCUUAUUUUGUUGGGAUCUGUGACACUGUGAAACCGUAACUGUGUUGAGAAAUCGUUUACCAGCUGAAAACUGACAAGCCUGCAACCAGCUAGUUUGAUAUUCUCUGUACUAGCAUUUAUUUGGACGCUUCUGUUCCUUUGAGUCUUCCAUUGGUUGAUUGCUUGACAAUCUGAGGAUGGGUUUAUUCGGGAAAACCACGGUGGAUCCCAAGGAGCAAGUGGACGCGUGGACGAAGACGCUGCGUCAGUCUGCGCGCGACAUGGACCGUCAGAUCCGAAACAUCCAGCGCGAGGAGGAGCGGGCCAAGCGGUCGCUGAAGGACGCGGCCAAGAAGGGCGACAAGGACGUGUGCCGGAUUCUGGCCAAGGAGAUCGUCCGCUCCCGCAACACCACCAACAAGAUCCACCUCUCCAAAGUGCAGAUCAACUCCCUCGUGCUGCAGAUGCGCCACCAACUCUCGACGCUGAAGGUGUCGGGAUCGCUGGCGAAAAGCACGGAGGUGAUGCAGGCGAUGCAGUCGCUGGUGAAGAUGCCCGAGUUCAACCGCAUCAUGCAGGACAUGGCCCGCGAGAUGACCAAGAACUCCAAAAACGGUGCUGCAGUUUGGCGGGAAUUAAACCGGAUGCUGAAUCGAAGUAAACCGAAUGUUGUUGUGGACUUUGAACCUAAUGAAUUGAAUAAACACUUCGCCCAGAUGGGAGAACACGGAAGCCCCCACCCGCCGGCGGCGGUACCAGCUGCCAGCGAGUCUCCGUUGUUUGCGUUUGAACAGGCGGGCAUCAUCGAGGAGAUGAUGGAGGACGCGAUGGACGUGCUGGACGAGGACGACAUCGAGACGGCGGCGGACGCGGAGGUGGAGAAGGUGCUGUGGGAGCUCACCGAGGGCAAGUUGGGCGAGGCGCCGCGCGCCGUCGACGACAGCCUGCCGGCCGCCUCCGUCGCCGCCGGCUCCCGCGUCCCCGCCUCCGGCAGCCGCGCCCCGCCCCUCAAAUCCGAUCAUGUGCGGGCGGUCGAUAACGACGAGGAAGAGGACGUGGAGAGUAUGCGGCGUCGCCUGGAAGAUCUCAAGAGCUGAAGGAAUAUUUCCUGCGAUUAAUCGACAAACACCCGCGAAAAAACAGUGAUAAUUGCAGACGAUUGGCGCGGUUUUCCGGUUGGGGGCGGCUGCUUCUGUUUUUGAUUUGCGCUUUUAUUUCUACGGGAGCUGGAGCUAUUUUAUUUCGAGUAUUUUUCAUUCCCUUUAACGGUUUUUGGCCAGCUCCUUUAUACAGAUUACGGGUUGUUCAUUGAAGCUACAGAGAAUUUUAUUCGUCUUAUGCUGUAAAAACAAUUGAAGUAAUGUCUUGCGAAUUAUGAAAAUGAGUCUAACCGCUGUAAUUAUCCGUUAGUUUCCUCAGCCGAUUAAAAAUGUAAUAAUAAA